CAACCAACGUCGCACUCCGUCGACUUUAUUCCACCUUAAUAUACCGGAAUCAAUCCUUUUCUCGGGUUGCGGCUUCGGAACCCUUGAAUGUAGCCUGACCACGUCAACCGCCGUAUUACGCACGUGUCUCAUUUUCUCCUUUCAAUGUUCGAAAAUACUAACCGGCCCUUGCUUAUUCGCCGUAACGGUCGGCCUCAAGCCUGUGAUCCUUGUCGCAAACGAAAGUUAGCCUGUGACCAUGCACAACCCGUCUGCAACCGAUGUAGGAAGAGAAAACAAGAUGCGGAAUGUGUCUACAUUAUAUCGGAUUCGAAGACGUCCGGGUCCAAGAGCCCGUUGCCAUCCCCGGCGCCAUCUACACCGCGCUCGGUUUCCCGGAGAACCCCCCGGCCAAUUCAAAACACUCCGGAGGUGACAUCUAGCAUACAGGCUUCAACCCUUACCCGGCCUGGCUAUCUCGGCCCCACUAGUUAUUGUGAUAUCUACGAGGACACCGAGAAUAGUCUCUCGCUCCUUCGGAGAUCCGAAUGCACCUCCUCUCAUUGUGAAAAUACCGCUAAUAAUUCUCUUGAUGGAGCUUCUCAAGAUGUGAUGUCUCCUCGGGUUCGUGAGAUGUGUCUCACAGCCCUUCGCAAUAUCCCUGAUGCAAAAAACGGCAAUACACUCCGCUUCAAGCUUGGAAAUGACGGUUGGGUUCGUCCAGUUGCAUUACGGGGAGUCAAGGCCUUUUACGACACUUUUGGUCAUAUUUUUACGCCCGGGAAUCGCACAACCGCUCAGCUAGAGGAGCUGGCGCAAAUUAUUUGCGCCAAUACUUUGAAGCCAUUCUCAGACAACGAAUCCGACCCAGAGAAGUGGCUUGACCAAUUCAUGGGGCGAAACACACGCUGGGAGCUUAUAGGAAUGCUCUCUAACUUCUGGGAAUUCGUUCCUGCCUCGGAUGCUACCGCGCUAUGGAAAGGGAAACGUUCUGCCGAGUAUGACAAGUCUUUCCGUAUAUCCAGGGAUAACAUACGUCUCUGCUUUGAACUAUGCAAGGAGUUCACCACCGGAAAUACUCUAGUGCUCUAUCUAAGCCAGAAAUGUGUCGUUGUGGAAUCGAUGAUUGUGGGCGAUGCCAAUUUGCUCGUAUGGAGAUCUCAUGCGGAGGGGAUAUCCCUCUGUACGUUCCUCGGAUACCAUGCUAUGCGGACUAACGAAAGGCAUUCAACAACUGUAACGUCUGAGAUCAAGAAGGUGUUGUUUCAUCAUAAGUUCAUCAUGGCCAUGGUUAUUGUUUCGUUCACCGGACGGCCACCGCUUAUCGCUUCUCGAUAUUCGUCGACUCCUUUACCCCUCGACCUAAGCGAACAGGAAUUAUUUUCGGAUCAUGCUACUUUUAUGAGAGCCGUUGGGCGCCUGGACGAAAAGGGAUGGAAUACUGAUGGAUUAAUACACCAUGCUACCCGUAUCAGGGCACGCGCGAUCAUAGCACGUCUUCGGGAGGAAUUAUUUGAAAUUGCUCUUGCGAAUGAUCAAGUUGCACCUAUUGAAACUCUGCUCGCGCUUCGAGCCCGAGAGUUACAAGCAGUAGCCGACUUUCCUACUUGCAUACACUUUAACCCUCUUGAUCUCGAGGACCCGGAGAUUUCUAUCGACACAUUGGCUUCAAGGUCAUUCAUCCAUCUCGAACAUCUGCAGAACAUGUUCUUCAUCGAGAGGCUCUUGCUUCGAAACGGUCACGAGGACAAAGGCGACUUAUUAAGAGUUAGCUAUGACCUGGUCAUUCUCACUCUACCUUACUACUUGGAGCUUGACAAGAUGGCGGCCUUCAGGAAUGAUUGUGAAUGGCUAGUCAUGGCCUAUGCUGUCCCUGCAGGCGGAAUUCUCUGCUUGGAGUUACUGAAACCUACACUCCAUAUUCGACCUCAUAUUGACCCGAGAAUAACUCGUGCCAACAUUAUUCAGAAACUCACGCUCCUUGUCGCGUUUUUAGAGUGGGUUAGCCCGUCCGGAUCAGGACCGAACGGAGACCUUUGCAGCGACGCGAAGUCGGUCAUACAGCGCGUUCUUGACCAGACACUAAAUGCUGCAUCAAGCGUAUAUGAACCUCCGGUGUUCGAGUGGGACUUCUCAACGCAGGUUGACUUCAAUUUUGACCUCCUCGAUACAUUUGACUGGAACCGACCGGAUUUCCCGUCAAGUCAACAAUCAAAUCAAUAGGUGCCUGCCUAGGUACCUAGGAUUGAAGUUAUUCGAUGACUUUAUUAUCGGAAUCUAGAUAUAUCUCCUGUUUAAUAUUGAACUGCGAGAGCUUCAAUGUUAAUCAUUUCUACAGUAGAAUGGUAAUAAAGGAGAAGAAAAUUGCGUUCGUAUUUAACGCAAGGUUACCUAGCAGGUUAGGCAUGGGGUCCGCCUACGCUGCUGUAAAACACUACGACUAAUCACGAGAUUUUAAAAAGGCGAUUGGGUUCGUAUGAUCGUCAGAAGGCGAACAAUUCUCCUAUCUGGUAGAUCUUCUGGGCAUCCGGGCUAGAUCUUACCUAUGUAUAGCCCUCAUUUAUAAAAUAUAUUCUAGGUUUGAACGUCGGAAUGAUAUUGAAAUUUUCAUACAAC